CCUUCUCCUUAAUUGUGCUCGGCUCGAUCCAAUGCACCGACUCGCCACUCCAGCCGAAUCAUCCGUCCACUCGGCCUCGUAAAUGCCUUCGCUCAUCGACGGCCCGGCGUCGCUGCGGUCGCUGCUCCGGCCGGUCACCGACGAGCGCCGGACCAGUAAGCACGGCGGCAGCACCGGCGGCGCCGUCGUGGGGCUCUUCAAGAUGUUCAGGCUGGUGCCCAUGCUCACCACCAGCACCGGCUGCAAGAUGGCCGCGCUGCUCGGGCGGCACAGCGGCAGGGCCCUCCUCGCGGACCACGCGCCGGCGGUGACGCUCUUCGGGCACCGCCGCGGCCGGCUGAGCCUGGCCAUCCACGAGGACACGCGGGCGCCGCCGGCGUUCCUCAUCGAGCUGCCCAUGCUGGCGGCCGCGCUGCACCGGGAGAUGGCCACGGGCACCGUGAGGCUGGCGCUGGAGAGCGACACCCGCAGCGCGCGCCGGCGGCUGCUGGAGGAGUACGUGUGGGCCGUCUACUGCAACGGCCGCAAGGCCGGCUACGCCAUCCGCCGCAAGGACCCGUCCGACGACGAGCGGCACGUGCUGCGCCUGCUGCGCGGCGUCUCCAUGGGCGCCGGGGUGCUGCCGCCGCCGCCCGCCGACGGCUCCCACGGCCCCGACGGCGAGCUCACCUACAUGCGCGCCCGCGUCGAGCGCGUCGUCGGGUCCAAGGACUCCGAGGCCUUCUACAUGAUCAACCCGGACGACGACAACCGGGGUGGCGAUGGCGCCGCGGAGCUCAGCAUUUUCCUAGUGAGGAAGAAGUAAAGAAAACAACUACGGAGUAGUUACAUUUAAGUAGCACACAUACUACUACGAAUACUGUUUAUAGUAAUAAUUUUGUGUGAAGAGAAAGAUGAAUAAUGGAACACUUCUGCCCUUUUUUCAGCCGACAAAGGGAUUGCGCCAAGGGUGUCCCAUGUCCCCCUUUCUAUUCCUUAUUUGCGCAGACAGUUUCACUUCGUUAAUGAACAAUUUUGGUGGCCCUCAUAUUGAUCGUGGGAGUAUACGCUCACCGUGGGUUAACCACCUAUUGUUCGCGGACGACAGUCUCAUCUUUUUUGGCGCUAAUCUUGAUAGCGCGCGAAGGUUGAAUGAGAUCCUCCGGAUCUAUGGUCAGUGCUUCGGGCAAGCAGUGAACAAAGCCAAAAGCUCAAUCUAUUUCAGCCCGAAUGCACAACACCCUGUUCGUGAAAUAGUAAAGCAAGAACUGGGAAUUCUUUCUGAAGCUUUCACGGAAAGAUAUUUGGCUCUACCAACUGCGGUAGGACGUAUAACCAGCGGCUCCUUCGACCACAUUGGAGAAAGAAGGCGCGCCAGUAUGCAAGGCUGGUCAAAGCGCUUCCUUGCAUGUGCGGGACGAGAGGUAUUGCUGAAGUCA